GCCGGGGGGCAGGGACGAGGUCUGCUUGUCUCUGAAAAUAGUACAGGGGGGAACACGAGAGUGCGGUACGCCUGGUGCUGGAAAAACACCCGUUGUCAUCGUGCUGAGCAACAGGGAUUGCAACAUCGACCGUCCUGUUGCUACAUCUAAGAUGACCGAUAUCUCACUGCCUGGUUCAGAGGAGCAGCACGGACAUAAGGGAGACUCAGUAGGAAAAAUUAUACCUGUUGAUCUUCCAUACGUAACCAAAUAAACCCUGGACUAAUGGAGGAUCUGAGGCACACGAUUGGGGUCAUGUCACAGACAAUAUGCCCAAGUUUACGGACUCCAUCUGAUGAGGACUUAAAGGCCCAGAAUAAUGGGAAAGUGGAGGAGAAGAUGCAGAUGAAGAGAGAAAUCUCCCUCAUGAAUGGAAUCUGCCUGAUUGUUGGCAACAUGAUUGGCUCUGGGAUCUUUAUCUCACCAAAGGGUGUACUCAUGCACAGUGCCUCUUACGGGCUGUCGUUGCUGAUUUGGGCUUUUGCAGGCAUCUUCUCAGUGUUUGGAGCUUUGUGUUAUGCAGAACUCGGCACCACCAUCACCAAGUCUGGAGCUAGCUACGCCUACAUCCUGGAGGCAUUCGGAGGCUUCCUUGCGUUUAUCCGUCUGUGGACGUCCAUCCUGUUGAUCGAACCAGCCAGCCAGGCUGUGAUUUCACUGACCUUCGCCAACUACCUGGUGGAGCCUUUCUACCCCACCUGCCAGCCGCCAUAUGAUGCUGUCCGGCUUAUCGCUGCAGCCUGCCUCUGUAUGCUCAUCUUCAUUAACUGUGCCUAUGUGAAAUGGGGGACUCUGGUCCAGGACAUUUUCACUUACGCCAAACUCAUGGCGCUCUGCCUCAUCAUUGUUGUAGGAAUACUGAAAAUAUCUACUGGAGGUUCAAAGAGCUUCGAUAGUCCGUUUGAGGGCUCUUCCACAGAUCCUGGAGCCAUUGCUUUGGCCCUCUACUCAGCUCUGUUCUCCUUCUCCGGCUGGGAUACACUCAACUUUGUCACUGAGGAGAUUCGGAAUCCAGAGAGGAAUCUGCCCCUGGCCAUUGCCAUUUCUAUGCCCAUAGUGACCAUCAUCUACCUGCUGACCAACGUGGCGUACUAUGUGGUUCUGGACAUGCCAUCAUUGCUGGCCAGUGACGCCGUUGCUGUGACCUUUGGGAAUGCAGCCCUGGGUUCGUUCAGGUGGAUCAUGCCUGUUUCAGUGGCCAUGUCCUGCUACGGAGGCCUCAAUGCUUCUGUCAUUGCUGCGUCACGGUUGUUUUUCGUUGGAGCUAGAGAAGGCCACCUCCCAGACAGUCUGAGUCUGAUUCACCUGCGGCGCUACACACCAAUACCCGCGCUGCUGUUCAAUGGGUUAAUGGGUCUGAUCUUCCUCUGUGUGGAAGACGUGUUCCAGCUCAUCAACUAUUUCAGCUUCAGUUACUGGCUCUACGUGGGUCUGUCUGUGGCCGGCCUCAUCUACCUGCGCAUCACUCAGCCAGACAGACACAGGCCUGUGAAGUUGAGCUUGUUCUUCCCCUUCAUCUACUGUCUGUGUAGCCUGUUCUUAGUCAUUGUCCCUCUGUACGGAGACACCAUCAAUUCUCUCAUAGGAAUUGGCAUUGCACUGUCUGGGGUGCCGGUGUACUACGUAGCCAUUUACCUGCCUGAUGAGAGGAGGCCCAAAUUUAUACGCAAAUUAAACAACUUUGUCACCAAAUACACCCAGAUGCUGUUGUACUGCUGCCUGACUGAGUUUGACACUGAGACAGAAGAACAAGCUGACGGUAAAACGCAGUGAGCUGAAGACAAUCUGUCACUCAUCAGCUUUCUGCCUGAGGCCUCGGCUAUGUCCAAGGCCUUGCAUGGACAGAGUGACGAGGCGCAGGCCCACAACAUUUGUGAGGAUUACUUCUCCAAGGUCAAGUUCGGAAAGGCCUGACAUCUCAAAUGACUCACCACAAAGGAGCCAGCUCUUGAGAAACUGUUGCUUUCUUUUACAAAUGGGGUGGCCCUUUCUACAGAGAUCAAGGAAUAUCUUUUAUGAGGAUUUCAAAAAACUAUGGAAGAAAUAUGGAGCUCCUUUAACAUUUUAUUUUUUAGAGUAGAAGAUGUAACUUGCUUUCUGCCUGACAUUGUUUAAAAUACAUAAAUCAAAUUAGGAAUAUGUUGGUGGGAUCCUAUCUAGAAUCUAAUAUUUUUAAAAAUUUAAUAGGGUAUCCAUAUGUGAAUAACUGUUCAAACGUAAAACACCAAAAAACAAUUUUAACCAAUAUUCUGGGAGUGGUUCCAGUGCAGCUUCACUGUGGAGAAGGUUAAGUUAAGUGCCGUGUUUACGGGACAUUGUUAUUUCAAUUGAAAAAUUCAAUAUUAGGUUUUAUGAAUACAACCAUAUAGUCACCAUUAACAUAUUUCUGUGUUUAGGUAAGAAUUUAUUCUGAUCAUUUUAAUUAGGCUUUUGACAACACAUGACCAACAGACAUGGGGUCAAACAAACACAGAACUUCCAUCCAGGAGCCCCGUGUCUGUGUCCUGUUUGAAAGCAAAAGUCAACAUUGGCUUUUUUUAAAAACGUUUUACGUAUGUUACAUAAUUAAAACUACAGUGGGUUGAAAGCAAAAAAGGCCACAUUUUGAAGUAGAGUGAGACUUCCUGCAGCUCUUCCUCUCCCUGCUCUGUCCCAAAGGAAAUGCAUGCGCAAAACAGCCAAUUGGAACACUUUCUUUUAAAUGACCUGUGAUUGGCUAAAGUCUCCCAUCACGGGCUAGAUGUUCUAACGUCUCAAAAGUGAGCCAAGAGGAGAUGCAGAAGUCAUUUUCUCUCAGACUACUUGAAUUACAAGAUGCUGAAAAUGAUUAUAGAAUUUUUGCCCAACGAUACC